AUGGGUUUAAAUAGUGUCGAAGAUUCAAUUGUUCACGUGUUUCUGGAAUUUCUUUUAGUGAUUCCACAUGGUUUUGGUAUGGCUUCACCACUUUUACUUGAUAAUGCUGAAUUAAUAAAAACUAAAAUCGAAAUGAUUAAUAAUUUACGUAAAAUUGAAAUAUCUUGUUCAAGGUUAUAUGAACCAAACAAUACAGUAGAAAGUAAUGAACAUCUAAUACAUACUUAUUAUAAGAAAUUAAGAUGUAAUUUUGAAUCAGUUGAUCAUAAUUCGGACGAAUCUAAACUUAUUGGACAACAUAUGAUUAAUACUCAUGCUAAAACUCAUAAUCAAUAUAUAUUAAAAUUACGUGAAGUAUUUAAAACAACACGUGGAGAAGAAUUUGAUUGUUUUAAGAAAUUUAAAAAAUUUGAUAAUCAUCAAUUAUUGUUCUAUGCUUCAAGAACAACUGAUUUUACUGAUAUUCUCUUUAUCAAGAUUUUUAGAUUUCAUCAUCUGAAGCAUUUGUUGUAA